AUGAGGCUAGCAUUAAUAUCUUGCUUCAUGUUCUUGAGCUCACUCUUUCAUCCCGCUUACUCUUCAUCUUCUAUUCGUCCAUUGUGUCGCAUUGAUGAGAGUUCUACCUUGUUGCAAUUCAAGGAAAGCUUUAUUGCCAACUCCACUUGUCGAGGUCCUGAUGAUUAUCCUAAAGUUGCGUCAUGGAUGCUUGAAGGAGAAAACAGCAGUUGUUGCUUAUGUGAUGGGGUUGAUUGUGAUGAUGACACUGGUCAUGUGAUUGGCCUUAACCUUAGCAGCAGUUGCCUCUAUGGUUCCAUCAACUCUAGUAGUAGCCUUUUCCGCCUUAUCCACCUUCGGCAACUUGACCUUAGCUACAAUUUCUUCAACUACUCUCAGAUACCAUCUACUAUAGGCAAUCUUUCCAUGCUGACAUAUCUAAACCUUUCUAAUUCCUUCUUUCUCGGUCAAAUUCCAUCAGAAAUUUCACUACUCAACAAAUUGUCUAUCCUCGAUUUGUCUUAUAAUUUUCAUUCAUUUUUACAACGUUUGGAACUCAAAAGAGCCACUCUAGAAAGCCUAGUACAAAACUUAACCAACCUAGAGAAACUUGAUCUCUCUGUGGUAGACAUAUCUUCUCCAGUUCCAAAUCAGUUGGCAAAUAUAUCCUCCCUGACUGCUCUUGCCCUCCAUGAUUGUAGGUUGGUUGGGCAAUUUCCAAUAAGGAUUUUGCAGCUACCAGGCCUACAGAUUCUUGUGCUAGGGAACAACUUUGAUCUCAAAGGUUACUUACCUCACUUGCAUUUGAGCAGCCACCUUAAGUAUUUGUUAGUGGGGCAUACCGGAUUUUCUGGUGAGAUACCUGCCUCAAUCGGAAACCUUGAUUCCUUGGAGCGUUUGGAUCUCGGAGAUUGUAAAUCUCAGGGUUGA